CUUUUCCUCAGCCCGGAGCUUUCGUUUCUCCCCCAGCGCUGAGUCUGUCGAGGCUCCGGGGCGACCGCGGGAACCGCGCCCCUCAGACCCUCUUGGGACGCAGCUGAGCGGCGCAGGGAGAUCUGCCCCGACUCGGGCACCCGCGUGCAUUGUAGCAGCUCUGUCCUGUCUCCAGAGCCGCUGCCACCCCGUGCGCUGCGCGCAACAGGCACCUACUUUUCUGUGUUUGGCGGUUGCUUGUGUUGAAUCCUCAGCCUGCACCCGGAGACAGUUCAACAAUGUCUCAGUGGUACGAACUUCAGCAGCUGGACUCCAAGUUCCUGGAGCAGGUUCACCAGCUGUACGAUGACAGCUUUCCCAUGGAAAUCAGACAGUACCUGGCCCAGUGGCUGGAAAAGCAAGACUGGGAGCACGCUGCCAAUGACGAUUCCUUUGCCACCAUCCGCUUCCAUGACCUCCUUUCCCAGCUGGAUGAUCAGUACAGCCGCUUUUCUCUGGAGAACAACUUUCUGUUGCAGCACAACAUAAGGAAAAGCAAGCGCAAUCUUCAGGAUAACUUCCAGGAAGAUCCCGUACAGAUGUCCAUGAUCAUCCAUAACUGUCUGAAGGAAGAGAGAAAGAUUUUGGAAAAUGCCCAGAGAUUUAAUCAGGCCCAGGAGGGGAACAUUCAGAACACCGUGAUGCUGGAUAAACAGAAGGAACUGGACAGCAAGGUCAGAAAUGUGAAGGACCAAGUCAUGUGCAUAGAGCAUGAAAUCAAGACCCUAGAAGAUUUACAGGACGAAUAUGACUUUAAGUGCAAAACCUCGCAGAAUAGAGAAAGUGAAGCCAAUGGCGUGGCCAAGAGUGACCAGAAGCAAGAACAGUUGGUACUUCACAAGAUGUUCCUAAUGCUGGACAAUAAGAGAAAGGAGAUAAUUCACAAAAUACGAGAGCUGUUGAACGCCAUCGAGCUCACGCAGAACGUCCUGAUCAACGACGAGUUGGUGGAGUGGAAGCGAAGACAGCAGAGCGCCUGUAUCGGAGGACCGCCCAAUGCUUGCCUCGAUCAGCUGCAGAGCUGGUUCACCAUCGUCGCGGAGAGUCUGCAGCAAGUUCGUCAGCAGCUAAAAAAGCUGGAGGAGCUGGAACAAAAGUUCACCUAUGAACCGGACCCGAUCACCAAAAACAAACAGGUCCUAUCAGACCGCACCUUCGUCCUGUUCCAACAGCUCAUUCAGAGCUCCUUCGUGGUGGAGCGACAGCCAUGCAUGCCAACUCAUCCCCAGAGGCCGCUGGUAUUGAAGACCGGGGUGCAGUUCACUGUGAAGUUGAGACUGUUGGUGAAAUUGCAAGAGCUGAAUUAUAACUUGAAAGUGAAAGUCUCAUUUGACAAAGACGUGAACGAGAAAAACACAGUCAAAGGAUUUCGGAAGUUCAACAUCCUGGGCACGCACACAAAAGUGAUGAACAUGGAAGAGUCCACCAACGGAAGUCUGGCCGCGGAGUUCCGGCACCUGCAACUGAAAGAACAGAAAAAUGCUGGCAACAGAACUAACGAGGGGCCUCUCAUUGUCACUGAAGAACUCCACUCCCUUAGCUUUGAGACCCAGCUGUGCCAGCCAGGCCUGGUGAUUGACCUUGAGACCACCUCUCUGCCCGUCGUGGUGAUCUCCAACGUCAGCCAGCUCCCCAGCGGCUGGGCUUCCAUACUGUGGUACAACAUGCUGGUGACAGAACCCAGGAACCUCUCCUUCUUCCUGAACCCACCCUGCGCACGCUGGUCCCAGCUCUCCGAGGUUCUAAGCUGGCAGUUUUCAUCCGUCACCAAGAGAGGUCUCAACGCCGACCAGCUGAGCAUGCUGGGAGAGAAGCUUCUGGGUCCUAACGCGGGCCCUGAUGGUCUUAUUCCGUGGACGAGGUUCUGUAAGGAAAAUAUUAACGAUAAAAAUUUUUCCUUCUGGCCUUGGAUCGACACCAUCCUGGAACUCAUUAAAAAACACCUGCUCUGCCUCUGGAAUGACGGGUGCAUCAUGGGCUUUAUCAGCAAGGAGCGAGAACGCGCUCUGCUCAAAGACCAGCAGCCGGGGACGUUCCUGUUGAGGUUCAGUGAGAGCUCCCGGGAAGGCGCCAUCACGUUCACUUGGGUGGAGCGGUCGCAGAACGGAGGGGAACCUGACUUCCACGCCGUUGAACCCUACACGAAGAAAGAACUUUCAGCUGUUACUUUCCCCGACAUUAUCCGCAAUUACAAAGUGAUGGCUGCUGAGAAUAUCCCAGAGAAUCCCCUGAAGUACCUGUACCCCAACACUGACAAAGACCAUGCCUUUGGGAAGUACUACUCCAGGCCAAAGGAAGCCCCAGAACCAAUGGAGCUUGACGACCCUAAGCGAACGGGCUACAUCAAGACUGAGUUGAUUUCGGUGUCUGAAGUCCAUCCCUCUAGACUUCAGACCACGGACAACCUGCUUCCCAUGUCUCCGGAGGAGUUUGAUGAGAUGUCCCGGAUAGUGGGCUCUGAUUUCGACAGUAUGAUGAGCGCAGUAUAAACAUGAAUUUCUCUCUUCUCUGGAGACAUUUUUCUUCCCAUCUGUGAUUCCCUCCUGCUCCUGUUCCUGUUCCUUCAUCUGCUGUGUUUCUAGGGAAAUGCAAGAAAGAACAACACGGUUGUUGCCCCCUGUUGCUAGCAAGUGGAUAUUUCUCUUCGCUAGAAACCUGUUACUCUGAAGGACUGCACGCGUCUUAACUGAAGGUGAACCAGAGAGUCACUUGUGUAAAGUAGAUUCUGUGGACAGAGCAGAGACCCGCCCAAGGCAUCAGGACUAGACUGCCAGUGUCUGGGAAAGGUGAGGAGUAGAGUGACCGCUAGUAAAUGCUGUGUCAUCAGUGCCCAACCGCCACACAUCACGGGACAGUCCGCAGUGUGAUGUAGGAGCGGUUCUGUCCUGAAGAUACUGGCAUGCUCCCUCUGCUUUAUGGCUGGAAGUCUUCCGCUCUUUUGCCUAUGGCACAGUUCAAAGCCAACUUUAUAAUGCAGUGAUAUGUCAGACGAUAGUGGACAUCCUUCAUCUGAGUGUGGGGGACAGGGGUGUUAGCGCAUCUUAUACACUGGCCUGUAAAACUGCAGGCACGAUUGCGCCCUUCAGGGAGCUGGCUUUGUUGUUGGCUGCGGUUAAGCGAAACCAAACACCCAUAGAAGAAAGAACGUUUUCCAAAUUCUCAAGUAGUUUCUGCUUAAUAUAUGCUCCACCAAGCUAAGUGGGUCUCGCUGUCAUUUUGGCCAUCGGUUGAAUAAAACUAUCUUUGCACAUCCAUUAAGGGAGCCAGCUUUCUUAAGGCAAACUUUUUUUUUCAAAGUUGAAGUUACAGAUCUAGAUAAACCCAGCAGUUUAAUUCACGUUCUUGAAUGGGCUGCCUUUAUUAUUUCUAGCUGGUUGUCUUCAUUAGCCACGAAAUUAGAAAAACUAGUAACUGACCUGAAUCAUUAGUCAAAUACGAGUAUCAAAUAAUUUCAAAAUACAUUCUGUGUAACGGUACUGAACACUCUUUUUCACUGAUAAUGGGCUUUUUCUGCCAAUGGUUCCGUGGCCUGCCCUGUGUUGUCAGACGACUUUGGAGGGACAGUGUUUUAUGGCGUGUGCUGUUUUCUCACCUUCCUCCGUGGCCCCAGCACAGUUCAGUGGUCCAGGGAUUGCGAUGGUUGCCAAGGUUCUUCUGGGCAGCUGUCCCAGACUGCUGUCCACACAGCUGUGCUGGGUCCCAUUGUCCUGCCACAGUGUGCUAUGGGCUGCACUUAGCAUCUGCACAGCCCUUUCCAUGGUCCCCAACGGAAGCAGAGGCCUCCUCUUCUUUCUGUGUACAGCCUGGGACUGGCUGGGCUCUCACAGACUGAACAAGAAACAAACCAUUUUAAAAGUACUGUGUCUAGAUGCUGAGAUCUAACUAUUGCUUAAGUCGUCUACUGAGAACGGUUGCUGUGGUUUCAUUCUGCUGAACUAAGACUUUAAAAAGAUGUCAAACUGAUGUUAGCCUCCUAUUAGUAUUUAAUAUAAAGAUAUUGAAAAUGUCUAGUAUUGUGAGUUGGUUUAAUAUGUAUCUCAUUUAUGUAUCAGGCCUAUUUUAAAAUAAGAUUAAUGACACUAUUUUUCUAAGUGUUACCCUUGCUUAUUGUCCUGGUGGCCACAGUGACUCUGGCAGUUUAGGGUAGGCAUCAUGGUGAGGUUGCUAGUGAGGCAGAGACACAGGGAUCAGAAGUUUAAGUCAUUCCUGGCUACAUGGCAAGUUCAAGGCCAGCCUGGGCUACAUGAGAUCAUAACUCUUGAAAGAAGAGGGAGCAGGGACAAGCGAGAGGUAUCUAAGUCAGUGGAAGACAAUCUCUUUAAAUUCUUAAGUCACUGACUGAUGUAAGAAGUCACCAAACGUCCUAGCUUAAGGAUGUUUGUGUUUGAGUGUGUCCAGGAUGGCAUUUUCUAAGAAUAGAGCAUGUAUGUCCCACUUUGGAUAGACUGAUUUUAUUUUGGCAUUGUCUGAGGUGGCGUUGCAUAAAUGGAAUCUACUGACUGCCUAAACACUAAUGUGGACCAUGAAGGCAUUGGUCAGCAAACAGAGCAGACCCAUGGUGCCCGACAGCUGCAGGGAAGGAACCAGACGAUGCUGGGAAGUUGCAAAGUCUUUGACUUUCGGAGCUUGGCGGCUGCCCCCAUCUUGAGGGGAUGGCUUACCUGAAGGCAUCUUUCGUUUAAGAUUCAUUCAUUCAUUCAUCAAAUAUGUUGAGUAUCUGCCUUGAGCCAGGCAUUCCUCUAGAUGCUUGGAAGACACUAGUAGACAGAACAAAUGCCCCUGUCAUAAACGUAAGAUGUUCUCAGAUACUGGGCCAUACGCUCAGCAGACACUUUACCCAGUGGAGAUUUUGUGAAGUAAAUGUGGUCAGUGGUUCGGAGCCCUCGUGCCUCUGGCAGUGGACCUAGGUCUAGUUCCCAGCACCCACACGGCAUCUAUAACCCCAGUCCCAGGGGAUCUGAUACUUUCUUCUGACCUCCUGGGCACCAGGCUCAUGUGAUGUGCAGACGCACACAAAGGCAAAACAUUUAUACACAUAAUCUAAUUCUUUUUAACUAGUCCAAAGCUACUGAUCAUGUCAACGUUACAGGAAAAUGCACAUAAUUUCCAAGAAAUAACAUCUAAGCCAAUUACAGGAAGCCAAGGCUCCUCAGUAGUGUUUUAAAGUCUGGACUGCUCAGUGGUCAUCAGCGAGGCGAGGCUCUCAAGUGGAUUCUGACUUUAAAGGGACAACAUGAUGUAUUGUAGAAAAAUAAUCUUAAUUUAUGACACUUAUACUGAGUACGCCAAGUAAAGCUGCCCAAAAGGUGGAGCUGCCAUUCUAUCUACCAUCAAACUCGUGGACUCUGUAUUUUAUAAUGCUGCCAUACUCAGUUCGUUACUGUUGGCAUGUUGGCAGCCCUUCUUAUGUCUUCUGCGUAAAUGAUACUUUGGUGCCCUGACAAUCUAGCUUCAUGGCAGAUCGGCUGCUAGACUGGGAAAGGCAGCAGGAGGCAUGGCUGGUCCCGUAAGGCCCAGUCAGGUCAAGCUCCAGAACAGACACGAGCCCUCUGAGCAGUCCUGGAGAGCCUGCCUUUCCAGCCUGUUGUGUCAGCUUCUGUCCCCUCCUUUUAAAACAGCUGCCGUAAUUAUGACGAAGCCUAGACCCGUCUGUCUCCAAACACUACACCCCCUAGCCUACCCAUCCACAUCCUUUCCCAUUCGUAAAAAGUGUGUAAGAGCCACCUAGUGCAUGGGCUGCUUCCCUGAACAGCCAUGAGUUAUGAGCUUAUGUUACUAUAGGGACUAACAAAUAAAACUAACCUAAACUCCUAAAAAAAAAAGUGCCAUGAAAAUAGAGCGGUCACUGUUAGAUUGACAACUAGAACAUUUCCCUGUUGGGGUUAUCUGUGAGCUGCGCACUGCCACCAAGUUCCCAUCUGCAGACAGACGCGUGUGCAGUAGGAGCUGACUGAUGUCGCAGGACUUGGUACUGACAUGCGUGGCCCCAAAACUCACCCGCGAGAGACUCUAGUAACUGUUAGCUAAUGUAAGUGAAGAUACUAACUGUGUGGUAGGGUGCAGGGAGAGAAUAUUGACUAAGAGUUGCAUAUCGUGGUCCAUUUUUGGGUCCCAGCUUCAUCAAUAAAAGCGUGAGUUAGAUCAAAGAU